CGUCAAAUUCAUGCGACGUCAGCAAAGAACCCAUGUCUCUCCAGAUUUGAUGAAAGUUUGUUCAAUAUUUACAUCUUUUUCAUCCCAAUGACAGCGGCAAUGCAGAUAAUGGAUGUGGUAGAUCCACACUUCGCUGUACCGGUUCUGGGAGUGGUCGUGUGUGCUUUGUUGGUAUUGGCAUUUGGCUUUAAAUCGCCUGUUGAGCCACCCAGCUUUGAUUUCGUUGAUGAAAAAAAGUCGAGAUCAAAAUCAAAGAAGACGAAACAGAAGACUCCCAGUAAUGGGCAUAUAGUACAAGAGUCUUCAGAGUCAGUUGCUAAGCAACCAAAGCAGUCGCCACGCACAAAGCAGGAUGCUAAGGAUGCCAAGUUAAGCAAGGUAAAGAAGGCAGCCCCAGGCAAGAGUAGCAGGCCUGAAGAUGUAGAGCCAGCCAAGGCCAAUGAGACAACAGAAGAUGCAGGAGAGUGGACCACCCACAUCUCUAAGAAACGUAAGAAGGUGCUGAAAGAAAACGAUGUUGUCGUUAAAGUAGCUGAGAAGGCAGAAAGCCCCCGUGCCCAGACAAAGGAGAAAUCUCUUAGUCCAGAGGAGACCCCUGAAGCCCCUGCUGCCCCUGAGCAGGCCCCCCAGGAACAGAGGGUGAAGAAGGAGAAAGGAACUCCAAAGAAACCUAAGAAGGAGGCUGUCAAAGAGACCCCUGUGGUACCUGCAGCCCCAGAAUUAUCACAAGAGGCAACCAAGCCAAAGACUGAAGAAAAGGCAGCUCCAGUUGUGGAUGCCAAGUCCAGUAAAAAAGCUAGUCCUAAAAAAAGUAAGAAAGGUGCUAAAGUCAGUGAGGAGGCUGUUCAGAAGGUGGAUGGGGAGGUCCAAAUUGCCCCUACUGAAGCCAAGGCCACUGACAAGCCAGCACAAAGCCCCAAGAAGAAGGCAAAUGCUCAGAAAUCACAGUCUCCUGAGAAGGAGGUCUCUAAAAGCAUUGUUGAAGCAGAUCUCAAGAAAGUAGAAGCACCCAUUACAAAGGCUGUUGAAUCUGCACCACAUGAAGGUGCUAAAACUGCCACCAGUGAAGCAGGUAAAGAGUCUUCAGAGCCUCAAGUACCCGUCACAUUUGAUGAGUUGGGAGAUUGGCAAGAUGCAAAGCCGCAGAAAAAGAAACGAAAACCAAGGAGGGACAACUAGCUCCAAACAUGUAUCAUUAGGAGAAAUUGACUGUUAUGUGGAAAGGAGCCUCAACUUUAUAAACGGUGUAAGCGGUCCAAUGGUAACUCAAAAUGUGUGCUAGCUGCAUUAAUAUAAGAAUACUUUGGAGGAACAAUACAAAUAACAGUAUUGUUUCAAGUCCAAGUCCAGAGCAUAGAGUAUCAUGAUUUUUUGGUUUUUCCAGAAAAUAUUGAAACUAUUUUUUUGAAGAAUUUCAGAUGAAUCUGGGUACAUUGUUAUUGUUUUAUUAUGUAGAUUGUAUUGAUAACUUACACAAACUGUGUAUUUUUGGGAAAACUGCAAUAAUCAUGAUUGUUGGGAGUAUAUGCAUGUUGUAGGCAUACAUGGAGUUGGUAUUUUGUGAUGUAGCAUCAAGGCUAUGUUAUUCGAGCCAUAUUUGAUCAUUUGAUAAAUUUGGCUAAAAUACAACCACUUUGUGGAAUAUAUGGCUGCUUUGAGGAAGGUAUGCUCCCAGAGUUCAUUUGGGAUAAGAAUCAUGUUGUUCAUCAGUGAUUUACAAUUUAG